AUGGCGACCCCUCUGCAGGCAGCCCUGGACUACGUCCUGCCGCUGGCCAGCCGCACGCAGCCGGGCGCGCCGCCGCCAGCCGACGACGAGCACCUCGCGGCCGCCAACUUUCGAUUGUUUGACCUCAACGCAGAGGCGCGCGACGCGCUCGCGCGCCAGCAGCGCGCGGGCCCCGGUCGCGGCGUGCGCGGCCGCGUGGGGCCGCCAAAGGUGGCGGUCGACCUCGCGUCAGCCACGCCGUUCCUCACGGUGUCGGGGCCCUCUGACGGCACCAGCCUCGCGCCGCUGUCCCUUGAGAGCGCCCAAGGCUUCUCCUCGUGCCGCGCCAACACGGCGGUCGUGUCUGGGAAAUGGCAAUACGAGGUGAUUCUGCGCUCUCAUGGCAUCCUGCAGCUGGGCUGGUGUUUGCGGGACACGCCGUUCACAAUCAACAACGGCGUGGGCGACGCCCCGGACAGCUACGCCUAUGAUGGCAAGCGCAUGAAGCGGUGGAACCCGGCGCCUGUUGGGACCAUAACCUUUUACCGCAACGGUGUUUCGCUCGGCACCGCGUUUGCCAACGUGCGCGUGCUGCAGCACGGCGCUGCCUACUUCCCCGGCCUCAGCCUGUCUCAGGGCGAGCGCUGCGACGUCAACUUUGGGCAGUCGCCGUUCGUGCACCCCGUGGGCGGCCACCGCCCGCUGCAGGCGCCGCCGCCGCCGGCCGCGGAGGGGUACUUCCGCGCCGUGACCAGCGCGCUCGCGCGCCUGCUGCUGCUGCGCCUGCGGCGCUGCGCGGGCGCCGCCUGCGGCGGCGGGCGGGCGUGCGCGGGCUGCGGCGCGGGCGGCGGCGCGGCGGGGGUGACGGCCGGCGAGGCAGCAGCGGUGGAGGGGCGGUUGCUGGAAUUCCUGCGGGCCGCGCGCGCCGCCGACGCCGCGGCGGCCGCGGAUGCCCGCGCCGCGCAUGCAGCCCGCGGCGGGGCCGACGCGCACUCCAGCGGCGGAGGCAGCGGCGGCACGGACGAGCCGGGGCCCCCAGAUUGGCCCGGCGACGAUGCGUUCGCCUUGCUGGCGGGCCUGGUGGGCGACCACCUGCUGUGGCUUCUAGAACAUUCCGAGUGGUGGCUGCACGCGCACCUGCUGCCCCUGGUGCUGCGCGUCCACGGCCUCGAGCCGCCGCACGCCGGCGGCGCGGCGCGCGCGCUGGUGCAGCUCUGCCAGGUGGCGGUCCCGGCGGAGGGCUUUGGGAAGCUGGUGUGCGCGCUGGGGCGCGUGCUGGGCCACUACGCCUCCAUGGCGCCCUUCCAGCGCCCGCCUGGCGCCGACCAACAGCAUCAAGGGCAGCAGGCCCAGCAGGCGCAGCAGCAGGAUAAGGCGGGCGCGGCCGCCACGGGGUCGGGCGGCGGCGCGCACGGCCUGCAGCAGCUGCUGCCGCCGCCGUGCGGCCGCCAGGCGCCGGGCGUGUUUGCGGCGACGGGGUUCUCGUCCAUCAGCCAGCUCUCGCACACGGGCGCAUACCCCUUCACCUCGGCCCUGGCGGCGAUCGUCGCGCUGCCCGACGCGGCGUCGGCCUGGGCCUGA